AUGGCGGACGUCAGCGAAUGCACCCCUGUACGCUGCUUAUGUUGGCCCUGUAAAUGUGUGCUCAACUUUUUUGUAUCACUGCUCUUUUUCACCUGCUACGCUUCAUUCUUCGCUUGGAUCAUGUUCAUAUCCAACGACGUGAAAUUCCAAGUCUACGACGCGGAGCUGACACAAUUUAACCUCGAGAACAAGAACAACAACCUCCAUUACAAUCUCACUUUGAACCUAUCCAUCAGAAACUCCAAGAGUAGUAUUGGCAUCCAUUACGACAGGUUUGAAGCAAUCGUUUACUACAUGAACCAGCGGUUGGGAGCUGUUCCCAUGCCGUCGUUCUACCAGGAAAAAAAGAACACGACGGUUCUCAAAGCAGUCUUCGAAGGCCAGAACCUAGUUUUAUUCGACGAUGAAGGACGCACCAAGUUUGAAGACGAUCGGAAGACUGGGGUUUACAGAAUCGACGUGAAGAUGAGUAUUGGUUGUAGGAUUAUGGUUUUGCGAUUAGUGACGUGGCCGAUGAAACCUAGUGUACGUUGUCAUCUCAAAGUACCAUUAGCGUUAGGUUCCUCUAACUCAACAGAAGGGUUUGAUUUCAAGUCAACCAAGUGCCGCGUUGGAUUUUAA